UUGUACACCAGAUGGAUAAAACAAUUUACUAUAUACCGGUCCAGAAAUUAACCCGCUAAAAUAUGUGUGUAUUGUCAGACAAAUAAAAUGGCAUAUUAUAACCGGAGAAGCUACUAUUUGACCAGAGAUGUUCCUGGCAACGUUCUCGCGUGACGUAACUUAUCUUUGCUCAAGACCUUAUCAGAUGUUUGUUCCCGCUCACAUAUUAUUAUACCCACGUAUAUCGGUAUGCUUAUACAUGGGUGUAUGUAUAACCGACGCAGCGACUUAUCUCCACCGCAUCUUUCGUCAGGCUAAAAUCUUCGUCAUGUGUAUCUGUCGACGUCUACGCGAUGUACACCGACAAGCUAUAUUAUCUCGCACCUACCCUACGAUUCGUACACGAAGGAUACCGCAAUCAGAAUAGACUCGACGACUCGACUGACCCAUCGGAAUUCCAUCAUCAACAUGUAUUAUACAUUUUCACAGUACAACGCUGCAGGAUUUAAUCCAACAAACGUAGGAUCGUACAGUAAUAUUCGAAGUUCAGGAAAUUUCCUUCUUCGUGGUAAUGGCAAGGUAGCAGAACGAACCCUGAUGCGGUACCGGCUGAGCUGCCAAAAACGCGCCGCCAUCCGGCGACAUUUUCAUAACCAUGGGACCGUCGCCUGAGUUUUCCUCGAGGGAGGCAAUUAUCUCAUCAGCAUUCUCCGUGUUGUCGAUUCUGCCAGGCUAACCGGGAUUCGUUAUGAUUGGGGAAACCGGCAUGAGCAAACUUUGGGUUCAGCGAGAUUCGGUGUUCAUCGAUUCGUAACUAUGCAACACGAAUGAACGAUCAAUUGUGUAAUAUUACUACUGACAAUCAGACCAGCGAUGUCAACGAUGCUACUUGAGGCUGGCGGUUCCUCGUCGAAGGGGGGCCUGAGGACGCCUUCUUGAAGAUGGAGAACCAGAUAAUACAUGAAGUCAUUCCUCAGCUGCAUUUCUUGGAUCGAUUUAUUCGCAGACAUAAGAUAACGGAGCCACUUCAUAACGCGGCGACGAUCUUGGAUAUUAAAACGGUCAAGAAAAAGAUUUUAACGACGUCUCUACGACGGCUUCGCAGCAGAGAACCGAUGCUCUACACAAAUUUCAUCCUCCGUUGUUUUGUCGAUGCAAUUUCAUCCUGCAUUGGGAAAUCGCCGGUGAUUACCUCGCUGACACUGGACGGCAUCCCUUUGCCCACCAAAUAUUUGGGCCCUCUCUGCGAAGGCUUGAAAUGCGCAAAAAAUCUUACAGCCCUUCGACUACCCCGAUGCCGCAUCGGAGAUACUGGGUGCGACUUGGUACUGAACGCGUUGGUGGACUGCGUUAGUCUUUGCAUCCUAGAUCUGUCGUCUUGCCGCUUGACCAUCCGUAGCUCGAUGUCGCUGUCGACUUUUUUGAAGAAGAGGAGAACAAACCUGCUUCACAGCGCGUGGAGUGACGCGCAAGCUGUGCAGGGUCUUCACACCCUGGUGCUGAACCACAACCGUAAACUGGGCGACUGUGGCGUUCGACUGCUAGUCAACGAACUAAAGGAAGAUUUUUGGAUGAAGACUUUCAACAUCCGACAUUGCGGACUGACUUCGAGAGGAGGUGAAACUGUCGUUAGACUCCUAGAGACGAACAGCGUGGUAACAUCUAUCGAUCUCAAGGAAAACGAUAUCCCGGAGACGAUUAUCCACAAUGUGUCAAAGAUUUUGCGCAGGAGAAAGGAGAACGGUGAGCGGGCAUCGAUGAGAAAGAGGCUGAUCACUGCAAAAGAGAUGAAUUUUCAGGGGAAUAAAGACGAUCGAAAGAAACCAACGACAAGGAUGACGGAUCUUCUUUUGAAGAAGAAAUCUCACUUCGUCAGUACCCUGAAUAAAAAUUUGACGAAGAACCAGCGGUCCUGGACCCGAUUGAUCAUUAAGAGCUCGACGAGGCGUAUUCCUGGAUGGAAGGUCACGCAUCCGAGGUUCCGUAGACCGAAGAACACAGAACGCGAGAAUUUCGAUUUGAAGAAACUUUCGGCGCGACUGUCUAGAACGAUUGGCAGUAACGCGGUCCUUCUUCGAGAGCUGAUAAACGACCGAGAACUUUUAGGCGAGGUGAAAACACGCAGACUGGAAGCGGAGAAAAAGUUUUCCGAGCUUGAACCGCAGCUUGAAAAGCUACGGAAGAGCAUCUGCGAGCAGGAUAAGCUUCGUUAUCGAAUUUCGCAAGAACGAAAUCUCUUCGACUAUCUGAAGAGGCUCUUCGCGCGGUUAGAGGAAUUUCCUGAAUCAGUAGCUGUUGUUUCUAAUCCGGACGAUGAAUCGACGGGUGCCGAAGAGAUAAUCGGCGGCAAUCCUGCCUGGAAAAUCGUUUCCGAAGUCGACCUCUCACCCGAAGGAAGAAAUCUCCGAGCAAACUAUGCCUCGCAACGUGGCCGACCCCAUUGUCCAAGAAAAUUGCGAGGGCAAUGAGAAU